ACAGUGGAGCAGCGACAGAGAAUGAUACAAACACUCUGUGAUCAAAAUCAGACAACUCAACAAGAAAAGGGGCUCCAUAGUGAUUUUAUGAUGUUUCUCCGCUUUCUUCUGGUCUUCAUUGCUGUGGCCAGCCCUCUCCUGGGAACGGAGCAGUGUGCUCGUGGACCCCCGUACUGGUGCCAAAAUGCCAAGACUGCUUCACUUUGUGGCGCCGUCUCCCACUGCCAACAAAAUGUCUGGAACCAGCCUCAUGUGAAAUCUGUGCCAUGUGACUUGUGCAAAGAGGUGGUGGCUGUGGUGGACAAACUGGUGAAGGACAAUUCAACAGAGUCUGAGGUCCUGAGCUACCUUGAGAAAACGUGCCAGUUGGUUCCUGAUGAAGGCCUGGCUAGUCAAUGCAAGGAAAUUGUGGACAAUUACUUCCCUGUCCUCAUUGAUAUUAUUAAAGGAGAGCUGGACGACCCAGAUGUGAUCUGUAGCGCUCUUGGCCUAUGUGUAACCCAGCAGGAGGUUUUUGCCAAAGCCCAGCUCAUAUCAAAUGAGAUUCCUGAGUUGCCUCUGACCCAGAGGAUCAAUCCUUUACUCCUCAACAUUCCUCAGCUCCUUUACCCCAAGGAGAAUGCCAAUAAGGAGAAGGAGACCACCGCCAAGGAGGGUAACGAAGUGUGUGACGACUGCGUGAAGUUCAUCACGGACACUCAAACGGCGGCCAAGAAAAACACCACCUUCAUCGAUGCCAUGAUUGCACAGAUUGAGAGCCAGUGUGACCUGCUGGGUCCUGGUAUUGCAGAUAUUUGCAGGCAGUACGUCAGUCAGUACGCACCUCUAAUCUUCCAGCAGCUCAUGUCCAUGGAUGAAGUGGUGCAAGCUCUGGAGAAAGUGUGCAGCAUCCUGCCCUCUACCCUUUCUGCUCAGUGUAAGGACCUGAUUGAUACUUAUGGCCAGACGAUCAUUGAGCUACUGAUCCAGGAAGUUGAUCCCAAGACCGUCUGCAGCCUUCUGGGCCUGUGCAGGGACAUGAGUCGCACCUUCGUCCCAGAGAUGGUAAAGGCUGAGAACGAGGCAGCUGGAAUGUGUGGAAUAUGCAAGGUAUUCAUGCAAUAUGCAGGUGGCAUACUGGAGCGGAAUUUGAGGAUCAUCUGCAUCAUCAUGCCUGUUGAAUACAGCGUUCAGUGUGAACAAUUCAUUGAGCAUUAUGAGGAUCUCCUCAUCCAGCUGCUGCAGCAGGCCCUUGACCCUGAAUUUAUCUGCACGAAGCUGGGUGCAUGUCCUGGGGUGCAACGGAUGCUGUUGGGUCUUGAGCAGUGCAGCUGGGGCCCAGCCUACUGGUGCAAGAACAUGGAUACUGCCAUCCGCUGUAACGCGGUGAAUCACUGCAGACGCCUUGUUUGGAGUUAAAGACGAGUGGAGUGCACAAACUGACUCGAGGAGCUAAAGGAGAAUUUCUGUAGCGCUGUGUCUCUGCUUUACAGAGAACUGUUAAAACUGUUCAUUCAGAGGUCCCAGACAUCCUCUUUACUCAGAGCAUGUCUGGGACCUCUGAAUGAACAGUUUUAAUUCUCUUAAAGGAAAAGCUGCUCCUGAAACUGCUAUAGCCACUUAUAAAGCCAGUGAGAUGAUUUUAGGAAGAUCCUGAAUUUCAUGUGACAUUACACUCAGUUUGUAUCUAUUGCUCCCUAACACUGUUUUGGGUGUCUUGGUCAAAUGAUUAAGCUUCGUUGUGCUUCAGUCUUAACACUGAACUAUUUGUUGGAAUAUGUACAAAUCUUUUGUGGAAAAUAAACAAACAAAUCUA